AUGGCGAGCGGGGUGCUGCGCAGCCAGGGAAGGGCUGGUGGGUGGGCGAGGGCAGCCUCCGCGCUGCCGUGCUCGCCCGUGCCCAGCCUCCUGCCCCAGCCUCACUCCGCUGCGCGGAAGGCAGCCGGGGCGGCCGGGCUGCCAGCUCCCGGCCUGCUGAAGUCGUCAGGGACAAACCGCUCGGGGCUCAGGAGCUCCCGUGCUGGACCCAGGGCUGCGCUGGAGACAGGCUGCGCCUUCCUGCAGGGCUGGUCCCUGGCGAGGAUCACGGACCGAGACACACAGGGUAUGCUCAAGUCUCCAGUGCCCUUCCUCCUGGGGCACAGCCUCUCCAAGGAUGGGAUGGACUCUUUCAGCAAGCAUUUUGAGAGCAUCGUGGAGUCCCACCGAGCCAAAGGCACUUCUUACACCAGCCUGGACUCCAUUGACAUCCUCUCCUCCCCAGCCCGCACCCACGGGACCUUUUUCACUUUUGACCUCCCAACCCUCACCCCAGAAAUACAGGGACAGAUCCGAGACAGCGCCAAGCUGAUCGAGGAGAACUUUGCUCCUCUGGCUCACUUGGAGCCGGACUCUGGGACCAGUUCGGCUACAGAUGCCCCCUGGACAGAGAGGGAGGAGGAGCCGGGGAGGCGAAGGAAGGGUGCUCGGCACAGCCCUUGCUGCUCAGAGGACAGCUUUGGCACUCACUUGGCCUCCAACAUGAGCGACCACCCCCUGAGCCAGCUGGUCUCGGACUCGGACUCGGAGAUGGGCAGCGCGGAGCGGCUGGCCCUGGGCAGCACGGACACCCUCUCCAACGGGCACAAGGCUGAGCUGGAGGCUGCCAAGCGCCUGGCCAAGAGGCUCUACAACCUGGAUGGCUUUAAGAAAGCAGAUGUGGCCCGUCACUUGGGGAAGAAGUACGUGUGGGUAUUUCUGCUGGUGGGCUUCAGGUGUGACCAGUGCGGCUGCUGCUUCUUCAGGUCCUUUCUGAAGGAGCUGGCCUUGAUGGGAGAGACGCAAGAGCGAGAGCGAGUGCUGGCUCAUUUCUCCCAGCGCUAUUACGAGUGUAAUCCCCACGCCAUCUCUUCGGAGGACGGAGCCCACACCCUCACCUGCGCCCUGAUGCUGCUCAACACAGAUCUGCACGGACACAACAUUGGGAAGAGAAUGUCCUGCUCGGACUUCAUUGGCAACUUGGAGGGGCUCAACGGAGGCACUGACUUCCCCAAGGAGCUGCUGAAGGCGCUGUAUGGCUCCAUCAAGAACGAGAAGCUGCAGUGGGCCAUAGCAUGGGGUGCGUGCCCCCCGCCCGCUCUGAAACCCCGCAACUCGCAGGAGGAGUACAAGCCAGGGAAGGCGCCGGCGGAAGAGGAGCUGAAGAACGCGAUCAGCAUCCACCAUUCCCUUGCCACGCGGGCAUCGGACUACAGCAAGCGACCCAACGUCUUCUACCUCAGGACAGCUGACUGGAGGGUCUUCCUCUUCCAAGCACA